AUGUAUCUUACACUUCCUCUGCCUGUCACGAAAACAUGGCGGCACAUCAUUCACUGGGUUCCUUGGGAUACGAGAAAACGUACGCUGGCUGUCGAAAUCGAGGUUCCGAAGGACUCGAGCUAUGGAUAUCUGAAGAAGCUGUUCGCCAAAUGGUUCGGGGUCGAGGCGGAAAAUUUGCGAAUUCUUUACCCGCCCUCGAAGCUGCCCUAUCACACCUCGCUUUCCAAGCGCCUCUCUGACUCGUAUAUCGCAUUUCCUUUCCGCCUCGGCCAUCCGCCGUUGCGUGUCGCCUUUACUACUGUAAUAGCACCUCAUAUUUGUGUCUUGUUUGUUGCACCCUGCUCUCGGCGCUUACACCGCUCACUCUGCCUCUUUCAUUCUACGUUCGGCGAGCACAACGUGCUCGCUGCAGAGCUUUUCCAGUCCAUCUUUCCCCUCUUUCUCUUUAUCUGUUCCCACCCGCCCGCGCCUUCUCUACACGCAUACGAUCCGGUUCGGCCGCCCACCCAGCUCGCUCGGUGGCUCGGCCCCGGUGGCACCCCGGUUCGGCGUACCGCCUCUCCGGCUCCCACCCCAUGCGUCUACCGGUCUGGAUCGUACGCGCAUCUCCUUUCCCCUUAUCAUCUCCUUGCGGCGGAAGUAUGGUCGCAUAAGUUCUACAAGUUUUACGACGACUAUAUGAAUUUGACCGAACUCGCCGAGAAAGAUACCCUAGUCGUAUAUGAACUUCCCGUUCCCGUGAAAUCUAUCGCCAAACCUCCUCCUCAGACGUCCUCCUUUACGUUUGGCGCCAAACCGAAACCACCUCCCAAAACCGACCCGAACGCCCCAUCCCUUCUACCUAUAUUCCACAUCUCCGAGGCUCAACGCAGUACAGCGUUUGGCGUACCGUUCUUUGUGUUACUCACCCCUGCUGAAGCCAGUUCGCGCGAGGAGAUCUACCGAGCUGUGGUUGAACGGUUGUUCCUUAGCGAGGACGAAGAUGGUGAAGGGGAGCCAGAAGCCGACGAGAUGAAGGUCGAGGUGGUUCGAGAUGUGGAGAUGCAACCUGCCCAGGAAAUCGUGGCCAAGGAGGAAGCGUCUACGGAGCCCGCUCAGGAUGACGGAAAACUCGCACCUCCUGCUGACCCGCAAGGGCAAGAGGACUUCGAGGUGAUCGGUCCGCAAACCGAAUUAUUCGAGCUACGACUAUUUAACUCGGUAACAGCGACUGGGAUCGAAACAGGGUUCAAUAUGAAUGCUUCUUCCGUUCGAUGGGUCGACUGGAAUACGCGUGAGCAGGCGGCAAAACCGGACCCAACUCUAUCUGACCCCGAGAGCGAGGAUGGCAGCGCAGUAAUUGUCGAGAAGCUGUCUCAACCCACGCCGCUGGUCAAGCCCACUGACGCUCUUGUAUGCCAGUGGUCAUCGCCAAUGCAGACACAUUUCUUUGGCUCCGAGUCUUCGCUUUUCGACGAGUGGGAGGAGUUUAUACACCCAGAAGUCCAGGCGGCGCGGGAUGCACAAAUCAAAUCUCGUUCAGGCAGGCGUUCUAUCGAUCUCGAAGAUUGUCUCGACGAACUCACGAAGGAAGAGCAACUUGGCGAGGAAGACCUCUGGUAUUGUCCUAGGUGCAAAAAGCAUCAGCAAGCAACCAAGAGAUUCGAGCUCUGGUCCGUACCCGAUAUACUUGUCGUCCACCUCAAACGUUUCUCCAAUGCCCGAGCCAUGCGAGACAAGAUCGAUGCUCUCGUUGAGUUCCCGAUCUCUGGACUUGAUCUGAGUUCACGAGUUGGAGAGAGCGGUCAAUCGGAUGAAUGCGUAUAUGACUUGUUUGCGGUUGAUGAACAUAUGGGCGGUCUUGGUGGAGGUCACUAUCGGGCAUAUGCGAAGAACUUGUCCGAUGGCGAAUGGUACCACUUUGACGACAGUUAUGUCAGCAAGUCGAGCGCUGAAGACUCGGUCAAUGCUAACGCAUAUUUGUUGUUCUACCGAAGACGCUCGUCAGAUUCCAAGGCUGUGAUCAAGAAGGUUCGUGCACGAGUUGACUCGAAUCAGGAACCUGACUCCCAAAAGUCUAUUGACAUGGGAGGGCAGUCUGUCGUGCGCGUACCAGACGAAGCGGAUCCCCCACCGUUCGAACUCUCAGACCUUGAUGUUCUCGUUCCUCCAUCUGCUUACGACCUACCCGAGUCUCAGGCUUCCUAUGAUCUCCCAGGGUCAUACAGAUCCAACCCUGGCGGCUCCGACGACGACCCCACCUUCACCACGCCAUCACCAGUGACCACCGGCUCCGCUGGGGCCGAGUACGAUUCACUUGAAGAGAAAGACCAAGAUGGUGUAGAGAGGCUAGGGGGGGUCGCGGUCGAGGUUACGACCACCACGACCACGGAGAAGAAAGAGUUAUAG